CUGCUGUGGAACCUGCCAGUCAGGGACUGAAGCCUCCGAAAGCCGUGAGCUGGGAUCGACCUGUCCUCCUUUCAGGUAGGCCAAGGAGGGCCAGUAGAGCAAACUGCAAGAAUGGCUCAGGACAGAAUCUGUCCUGUGGAAAGCUCUUGGGAAAUCUUCCAAAAGUACCACAUAGAUGAAGACGUGGGCUUUGCACUGCCAAAUCCACUGGAGGAGCUGCAUGGUGAAUAUAAUGCCUGGAUUUUGAUUGCUAAAGAUCUGACAGAGCUGAUUAAGACUGGCCAAUUUCGUGAAGAAGUUGAGAAGCUACCAAUGCUCAGCACUGAUGAUCUCAAGGGGCAUGAUGAACAGCGCCUGGCACACUUAGCUCUGGGCUUCAUUACCAUGGCCUACGUAUGGCACCGAGGAGACGGGGAUGUCCGGAAGGUCCUGCCGAGCAAUAUCGCUGUGCCUUACUGUGAACUCUCGGAGAAGCUGGGUCUGCCUCCCAUUCUGGUUUAUGCAGACUGUGUGCUGGCAAACUGGAAGAAAAAAGACCCCAGUGGGCCAAUGACUUAUGAGAACAUGGACAUUUUGUUUUCAUUUCCUGGUGGAGACUGCAGUAAAGGUUUCUUCCUGGUUUCUCUAUUGGUGGAGACAGCAGCUUUUUCUGCAAUUAAAGUAAUUCCCACUGUUUUAAGAGCAGUGCAUCAUGAAGACGAGGAAGCUCUGCAAAUCGCGCUGCUGGAUAUUGCUGAGAACCUGAAACACGCUCUGGAAGUGUUCAAGAAGAUCGGUGGGUAUGUGGACCCCAAUCUAUUUUACAAAGUUCUUCGCGUAUAUUUGUCUGGCUGGAAAGGCAACCCCGAGCUGCCUGAGGGCCUGCUGUACCAGGGUGUCUGGGACACACCCAAGCAGUUUGCAGGGGGCAGUGCAGGGCAGAGCAGCAUCUUCCAGUGUCUCGACUUGGUGCUGGGCACUGGGCAGACCACUGACAGAGGACCUGCCGCUGAGUUCCUCAAAGACAUGCAAGCGUACAUGCCACUCGCACACCAGAAAUUCCUCUGUUUCCUGGAGUCCUGCCCAUCAGCCCGUGAGUUUGUCCUUUCCAGAGGCAGUGCUAACUUGAAGGAAGCUUAUGACAAGAGCGUGCAAGCUUUGGUCUCUCUGCGGAACUACCAUUUGGGAGUAGUGAAAAUGUACCUUCUGGAUCCUGCAAAGAAUCAGUCCAGGGAGGAGAAAACUGCUGGGGAGCCAUCGGAGCAGGAAAGCAGAGGCACGGGAGGCACGGAUUUCAUGAAAGUCCUAAAGACUAUAAGAACAAAAACCGCGCAGUCCCUUUUGAAGGACCGUUAGUUAAGCUUGCUCUAGCAAGGGUGUCAGCAAUGCCCCUAAGUCUUUGUCUGUUCCUAUAACUGCUCAUGAAUUAAUAACACUCAAAAAUUUACUCAAAAAUUCACUGUAGAAGAUUUUCAAUUAUCUUUUUCUGUUCAUUCCUCAUAGGAAAUUACCAAAAGAUAAUUACAUAAGAAUGACAAAGAUGAUAUUAGAUAU